AUGGCGGCGGUGAUACCCGUAGUCCGGGCCCGUGUUCGACCCGCGACACUCGACGUCAUACUACGAAAUAGGGUACGACGCGCCAGAUUGCCAAGCGUUGGGACGAUCUGGCGGCUGCUGAUCCAGUGCCCCAAGCUGAAGGACGUGCACGUCAAAGGGUGCCGCGACAUGCUGAUCGGAGCCAUCAGGAACCAGGUCCUGAACGAGUUCGCGGCCAUAGAGCCCCGGCUGCCCUGCAAGCGGCUGGCCGAUGGGUCGAAGCGCGUGCACGUGCCCCACUUCAUGAUAGAGCAGCUGGAGGAGCAGGAGAAAUGGGGCAGGCCGCGGAAGAGCCAGUGCACCGUUCACCUCAAUUGGUGA